AUGUCAAUUGUCAUGGAUUCGUCCGGGAACGCGUUCGAACAGACGAUCUCGCUGGGCACAAUGGACGAAGCACAGGAUUCCCUUCCUGGGUCUCCAUUCUUUGGCUUCUCUGAAUGUCCAAACAUUAUGGAUGAGGAAGCCCCUCCCGGUUGCUAUGAGGUUGAAGACGAUGAGGACUUCUUUCUGAGCGAUAUGCCUUUCCAUGAUGUGGAGGAAGUCGAACCGAGGAAAGUAGUGCCACGGCCGCAUAUACAAGAGGAAAAUGGCGACGAUCAGAAGUCAGAGGGGUCGGUGUACGAUACAGUGGAUGGGUUGGAUGCUAGGUCAGUCGUAUCAGAAUAUGUGCCCGAGGAAGAAGUUUUUGCAAAAGUAUCAAAUCAUGUGGAUUCUUUGCCGCGGCCAAUACGACCUGAGAAUUUUGGUUUCAAGAAGAGAAUAGAGUUCAUUGUACCGGAAGAGGAUGGUGAGGAAGCUUCAACGGAUGGCGAAGCCGAUGAUUGGGUGGUGAAAAGAUUGGAAGAGGAGGAGCCACUGAAGGAAGCUUUGGAGAAAGGCUGGGUUCUUGCACCCAAUGCGAAGGACGAGCUGCAUCGCUAUACUGAGGAGCUGCCAAGCGGGCAGGUUGCUUUCACUCAAAAGUCCGAGAAGGUCGAGGCCGACUUUUAUGUGUUUCCACCUGAUCUUCCAAAAAAGUACAACCUCUAUAAAGAUCCCAACCCGAAGGACAGGGUAGAGUGGAGAAUUGAGAAAGAUUCCGACUACUCCGUGGAUCCUAAUGAAUAUGGGUUCAGACAAUAUCGUGAGGUUAUGCAGAGACUCCGCAAGGACAAUAUCAAUUUAAAGAUGAGGAUUUUUUUCGAAGAGCGCGCUUACAACAUAACUCCAACGCAGCUGGCAAAUCUAGAAACCAGAGCAUACAUGUAUCGAAAAAUGUACCACGCCUUGAUAAGAGAGCGCGAUAAGUUCGACUCGGUGAAUGAAGGGCUUAUAAGGAAGAACAAUACCCUUUAUGAAGAGCUGCGGCAACAUAGAGACGAGUGCGAAGAAUCGAAAACGGACUGGGUGAAGGCGAAUGAGGAAUUGAGAAAGAUAAACAGUAGCCUUCAGGAAGAGCUGAUCGAACUCAAGAAGGACUAUGAACAAAACAUCGAAGGACUGCGGCAACGCAGAGACGAGUAUGAAGCAUCGAAAGCGGAUUCGGCGAAGGCGAAUGAAGAGUUGAAAAGGAUGAACAAUAGCCUUCAGGAAGAGCUGAACGAGCUCAAAAAGGAGUAUGAAGCAUCGAAAACGGAUUCGGCGAAGGCGAAUAAAGAAUUGAAAAGGAUGAACAAUAGCCUUCAGGAAGAGCUGAACGAGCUCAAAAAGGAGUGUGAAGCAUCGAAAACGGAUUCGGGGAAGGCGAAUAAAGAGUUGAAAAAGAUCAACAAUAGCCUUCAGGAAGAGCUGAACGAGCUCAAAAAGGAGUAUGAAGCAUCGAAAACGGAUUCGGGGAAGGCGAAUAAAGAGUUGAAGAAGAUAAACAGUAGCCUUCAGAACGACCUGACCGAACUCAAAAAGGACUAUGAACAAAACAUUACGCUUUAUGAAGAGGAACUGCGGCAGUGUAGAGACGCGUAUGAAGAGCUGCAAACGGACUCGGCGAAGGCGAAUGAAAAGUUGAAAAAGAUGAACAAUAGCUUGCAGGGCGACCUGAACGAACUCAGAAAGGAGUAUGAAAAAAACGUCACGCUUUAUGAAGAAGAACUGCGGCAACGUAGCGACGAGUAUGAAAAACUGCAAAAGGACUCCUCAAAGGCGAAUGAAGAGUUGAAAAAAAUGAACAAUAGCCUUCAGAAGGAACUGAGCGAACUCAGAAAAAAGUAUGAGAAAAGCAAUAUGCUUUAUGAAGAACUGCGGCAACGUGGAGACCAGUAUGAGGCAUCGAAAACGGACUCGGCGAAGGCGAAUGAAAAGUUGAAGAAGCUGAACAAUAGCCUGCAGGACGAUCUGAGCAAACUCAAAAAGGAGUAUGAAAAAAACGUCACGCUUUAUGAAGAAGAACUGCGGCAACGUAGCGACGAGUAUGAAAAAUUGCAAAAGGACUCGGCGAGGGCGAUUGAAAGUUUGAAAAAGAUGAACAACCGCCUUCAGGAAGAGCUGAGCGAACUCAAAGGGAAGUAUGAACAAACCCAUACCCUUUAUGACGAACUGCGGCAGCGUAGAGACGAGUAUGAGGCAUCGAAGACGGAUUCCGCAAAAGCGAUUGAAAGGUUGAAAAAGAUGAACAGUAGCCUUCAGGAAGAGCUGAGCGAACUCAAAGGGAAGCAUGAACAAACCAAUACCGUUUAUGAAGAACUGCGGCAGCGUAGAGACGCGUAUGAGGCAUCGAAAACGGAUUCGGCGAAGACGAUUGAAAGUUUGAAAAAGUUGAACAACAGCCUUCAGGAGGAGCUCAGCGAACUCAAAGGGAAGUAUGAGCAAAUCAACGCCCUUUAUGAAGAACUGCAGCAACGUAGAGACGAGGAGGCAUCGAAGACGGAUUCGGCGAAGGCGAUUGAAAGGCUGAAAAAGACGAACAAUAGCCUUCAGGAGGAGCUGAGUGAAGUCAAAGGGCAGUAUGAACAAACCCAUACCCUUUAUGAAGAACUGCGGCAACGUAGAGACGAGGAAGCAUCGCAAACGGACUCGGCGAAGGCGAUUGAAAGGUUGAAAAGGACGAACAAUAGCCUUCAGGAGGAGCUGAGUGAAGUCAGAAGGAAGUAUCAACAAAUCAACACCCUUUAUGAAGAACUGCGGCAACGUCGAGACGACGAAGCAUCGAAGACGGAUUCGGCGAAGGCGAAUGAACAGUUGAAAAAGAUAAACAAUAGCCUUCAGGAAGAGCUGAGCGAACUUAAAAUGAAAUUUGAACAGAACAAUACGCUUUAUGAAGAACUGCGGCAGCGUAAACACGAGGAAGCUUCGAAGACGGAUUCGGCGAAGGCGAAUGAAAGGUUCAAGAAGAUAAACAAUAGCCUUCAGGAAGAGCUGAGGGAACACAAGAAGGAGUAUAAGCAAAACAAUGCGCUUUAUGAAGUACUUGACCCUGUCCCUACAUCCGUAACCGUUAGCGGCGACGUUUCGCACAGCAACCCGUUUCCGGGGAGCUUGGAACUACUCGCUCUCCAGGCAGAACUUGAAAUAAAGAACAGCCAACUCGCCGCCGUUCUUGAAAACGACUAUGCCCACGUUACCAGUUUACUUCAGCAAAUUCAACUAGAAGUGGAAGGAUACAAGGAAGAGAUUUGGAACUUCCAGACCGCGAAUGAAACGACCGCUCAGGACAUGAUGUACCUGCGCCGUGAGCUUGAGGUUCAAACGCAAACAAUAUUCGAGUUGGAGGCGAAAUGGCGGGAUGAGAGUACCGCCAGGCAAGCGAAAGAAGAACAAGAAAAACGGGAGCUGGAAGCUAGGCAUCACGAAAUAUUAUUGGAAGAAACUGCAGAAUUGAAAGAACGCAUCCGUGAAUUGCAACGACAAGGAGCGGACGUAGAACUGCUUACGCAAAAAAUCCGCGAUCUAGAAAAGGACAAGUCAAUAAAAGAAGGGGCUCUUGAGGAAGCAAAGUCAACCAUCCGUGAUUUGCAACAACAGAGAGCGGACGUAGAGCUGCUCCAACAACGACACAGAACGGACGUAGACCUGCUCAAACACAAAAUCCGCGAUAUGGAGAAAGACAAGUCAACCAAAGAAGGAGCCCUUGAGGAAGCAAAGUCAACCAUCCGUGAAUUGCAAAGACAGAAUGCGGACGUAGAACUGCUCAAAAAGAAAAUGCGCGAUCUAGAGAAGGACAAGUCAAUAAAGGAAGGGGCUCUUGAGGAAGCGAAAUCAAGCAUUCGUGAUUUGCAACAACAGAGAGCGGACGUAGAACUGCUCAGACAGCGACAGAGAGCGGACGUAGAACAUCUCAAACAAAAAAUCCGCGAUCUGGAGAAAGACAAGUCAACAAAAGACCGGGCCCUUGAGGAAGCAAAAUCAACCAUCCGUGAAUUGCAACGGCAGAAAGCGGACGUAGAAUUGCUCAAACAGAAAAUCCGCGAUGUAGAGAAAGACAAUGCAACAAAAGAACGGGCCCUUGAGGAAGCAAAAUCAACCAUCCGUGAUUUGCAACGACAGAGAGCGGACGUAGAAUUGCUCAAACAGAAAAUCCGCGAUCUAGAGAAAGACAAUGCAACAAAAGAACGGGCCCUUGAGGAAGCAAAAUCAACCAUCCGUGAUUUGCAACGACAGAGAGCGGACGUAGAGCAGUUCAAACAAAAAAUCCGCGAUCUAGAGAAGGACAAGGCAACAAAAGAAGGAGCCCUUGAGCAAGCAAAAUCAACCAUUCGUGAUAUGCAGGACGAUGCUUCCAGAGACCGAAAAUUGUUCAGCGAACAAAAGGAGAGGUUCCUCCGCCAUAUCAAAGAUUGUGAGGCAACGAUGCUGACAGUCAGCCAGCAGUUGCAAGUGAUAUUGACCAUGAAUAACGUACUCCAAACUAUCCCUGGUGUGAAGUUUGAAGAAAAGCCAUCGAGGAAUUUCGAAGACAUGAAGACGCAGGUUAUUGUUAACAUCCAACAUGUGAAUGCCGUUAUGGCGCACUAUCGGACAACGUUGCAAAAGAUGGAGAAGGAUAUGAUGAAAAACCGCCGAGAAUGGGCGGAGAAGUCGGCUUCCAAGGAGGCGCAAUUGACACGUCUGGAAGACGCGGCACGCGCUAAUAAGGAGAGUACAUCUGCUUUAGAGGAGCAGGUACAACGCUUGAAGCUGGAGCACGAGCAGAAAAAGGGCCAACUUGGAGUUACGGAUCGGAAGAGACGCGUACGCGUGGACAGUCUCGAGACCAGAGUGCUGGCUGAAGAGGCAAAGGCUGAAAAGGAAACUAUAUGUUUCUUGCAACGAAGGGUUGAAAAGCUGGAGAAUCUCCUACACGAAGCACAUGGACAAAUUGUGUCAGAACGAGAGAGCGUGCGGAUAAGAGUGGAUGAAGUGCUGAGGCAGAAACGAUCGAUGGAGAUCUUAUAUGACAAGAUGGAACGGAGAGUGGAAUAUAUGGAAAAAUGGAAACAGCGACAUAAGAAAAUAUGUCGGCGGCCAAAUUCACCGGACCCCAAAGAAAUGGAAGAGGCUUUGAUGUAA